UUACAUCAAAACACUUUCUCCUCAUUACAACAACAAAAGAUUCAAACUUUGAUCAAAAUGUUGGCAAUAUUUCAGAAAGCGUUUGCUCACCCACCAGAGGAACUCAACAGCCCGGCGUCCCAUUUCUCCGGCAAAACCCCAAAACUUCCCGGUGAAACUCUCUCCGACUUCCUCUCACUCCACAAGGACACCGCUUUCUCCAUGAACUUCGGCCACUCCGCCGUCUUAGCUUACUCCCGCCCCAACAACUCUCUUCGCCAGAGGUUGUUCUGUGGGAUAGACGGAGUCUACUGUAUGUUUCUUGGUACAUUGAGCAAUCUCUGCACGUUGAACCGGCAGUACGGACUCACAGGGAAGAACACGAGCGAGGCCAUGUUUGUGAUCGAAGCUUACCGAACACUCCGUGACCGUGGUCCUUACCCAGCAGAUCAAGUCCUUAGAGGUCUCGAAGGAAGCUACGCCUUUGUCGUCUACGAUACUCAGACCUCCUCUGUUUUCUCAGCUUUGAGCUCUGAUGGAGAAGAGAGCCUCUACUGGGGAAUCUCCGGAGAUGGAUCUGUUGUGAUGUCUGAUGAUGUGAAGAUCAUAAAGCAAGGAUGUGCUAAAUCAUUUGCUCCUUUCCCUACUGGGUGUAUGUUUCACAGUGAGACAGGGCUUAAGAGCUUUGAACAUCCGAAGAAUAAUAUGAAGGCGAUGCCGAGGAUUGACAGUGAAGGUGUGAUAUGUGGAGCUAACUUCAAAGUGGAUGCUUGUUCUAAGAUUAGUGCCAUCCCUAGGAGAGGAAGUGAAGCUAACUGGGCUCUCGCUAAUUCGCGUUGAUCUCUUCUUCUAAUUGGUUCAGUUCUCUGAGUUAUUCUUUUGUCCUGUUGCAUUUUCCUUUUAUUUUGUGUAAAUAGACAUCAAUAAAGAAGCAAAGGCAUUUUUAUAUUGCAAA